UUCUCUAUCGAUCUCAUUCCAGGAGCCGGCCCAGUAUCCAAAGCUCCGUAUCGUAUGGCGCCGAAGGAGUUGCAGGAGCUUAAGGCACAGAUUCAGCGAGUAUCCUUUCUUAGCCAUGUCAUUACUCAGGCAGGUAUCGAGGUAGAUCCUUCUAAGGUCUCAGCUGUUCAGAACUGGUCGACACCGAAGAGUCCGUCCGAGGUUUGCAGUUUUCUCAGUUUAGCUGGCUAUUAUCGCAGGUUCAUCGAGGGCUUUUCCAAGAUCGCCCUCCCACUAUCCCAGCUGACGAGGAAGUCAGUGAAGUUCGAGUGGACUGACCGAUGUGAGUCGAGCUUCCAGGAUCUCAAGAAGAGAUUAACUUCAGCACCGGUGUUGACUAUUCCCGAUCCUUCUCGGAGUUUCACCAUUUUCAAUGAUGCUUCGAAACAGGGUCUGGGAUGUGUACUCAUGCAGGAUGGCCAGGUCAUUGCCUAUGCUUCACGUCAGCUCAAGCCACACGAACAGAACUAUCCGACGCACGACUUGGAGUUAGCUGCAGUUGUUCAUGCUCUCAAGAUUUGGCGACACUAUCUUUACGGCGGUCGAUGCGAGAUUUUCACCAAUCAUAAGAGCUUGCAGUACAUUUUCACUCAAAAGGAGCUCAACAUGAGACAGCGCCGUUGGCUCGAGCUCGUUAAAGAUUACGAUUGCUCGAUUCAGUAUCAUCCGGGGAAAGCGAACGUCGUUGCUGACGCCAUAAGCCGAAAGGUGAGGGGUGACUUGACGUACGUCGUUACUCAGCAGAGUCCGUUGAUUCAGGAGUUUGCCCGGAUGCAGAUUCAGGUGGUCGAUGCACUUCCCACAGCCAUUUCGGGGAGUGUUAGUGCUAUGCAGAUUCAGCCGACGCUGAGAGAGAGAAUCCGGUGGAAGCAGGCUUCUGACGAGUUCGUUUGCGUCAUGGAUGCAAAAGUCCGCGCCGGAGGCGUCGAGGGUUUUCAGCGAGGUUCAGACGGUGCAUUGGAGUUCAGAGGCAGAAUCGUGGUGCCAAAAGUCGAGACAUUGCGGAAGGAGAUAUUGACUGAGGCUCAUACCGCACCUUAUCUAGCCCAUCCCGGGAGCACGAAGAUGUAUCAUGACCUGAAAGGGUCGUUCUGGUGGCGAGGGAUGAAGAAGGACGUUGUCGAGUUCGUCAGGAGAUGUUUUACCUGUCAGCAAGUCAAAGCCGAACAUCAGAGCCCGAUCGGCCUCCUACAACCACUGCCGAUUCCGAAGUGGAAGUGGGAGGAAGUCACGAUGGAUUUCGUCACGGGAUUACCGAAGUC